UCACUACUUCCUCUGCCCGCCCACUCAGGUAGCUGAGGUCUCGGAGCGGAGUGGUUACGCGAUAGCGGUGCCGUAAGAUGGCCGCGGGUGGUUUGUCGCUGUGCUGAGGGGAUAUCCCGGGUGUGAGCCGCAUGUUCGGGACUUCGGUUCCCUUCCGUACGGGGCGGCCCGUGCUCUUUUCCCUUGUUUUUCCCCGUCCUCGUUCUUCCAAUGACCGGGGAAAAGAUCCGUUCCCUCCGCCGGGACCAUAAGCCGUGUAAGGAUGAGGAGCUGCUGGAGCCCGAUGAGGAGGCGACGGCCGGGGGGACGUUUACCCGCAAGAACCGGAACAGCAAGAGCUUCAGCAACCACCGGGUGAUCCGGGCGCCCUCCAACCCGGCCCUGGCGAGCGGCGACGGGGAGACCAAGCCCGGCACCUACUACCCCGUGCACGAGUGCGUCUUCAAGGGCGACAUCCGCCGCCUGUCCUCCCUCAUCAGGACCCACAGCAUCAGCCAGAAGGACAACCACGGUAACACCCCGCUACACCUCGCCGUGAUGUUGGGUAAUAAAGAGUGUGCUCAUCUCCUGCUGGCGCACAACGCUCCGGUGAAGGUGAAGAACGCGCAGGGAUGGAGCCCGCUGGCUGAGGCCAUCAGCUAUGGAGACAGACAGAUGAUCACUGCAUUGUUGAGAAAGCUGAAGCAGCAAUCUCGGGAAAGUGUAGAGGAAAAGAGACCUCGUCUGCUAAACGCCCUAAAAGAGCUGGGAGAUUUCUACCUGGAACUUCACUGGGAUUUUCAAAGUUGGGUGCCUUUACUGUCCCGUAUCCUGCCUUCCGAUGCAUGCAAGAUCCACAAACAAGGUAUUAAUAUCAGGCUUGACACGACUCUCAUAGACUUCACUGAUAUGAAGUGCCAACGAGGGGACCUCAGCUUCAUCUUCAAAGGAGACGCUAUACCCUCCGAGUCAUUCGUGGUCUUAGACAACGAGCAGAAAGUUUACCAGAGGAUACAUCAUGAGGAAUCUGAAAUGGAGACUGAGGAAGAAGUGGACAUCCUAAUGAGUAGUGACAUAUACUCUGCAACCUUGUCGACAAAAUCCAUCACGUUCUCGCGCGCCCAAACUGGCUGGCUUUUCAGGGAAGAUAAAACGGAACCUGUGGGAAACUUUCUAGCAGAUUUCUACUUAGUGAAUGGGUUAAUAUUGGAAUCUCGCAAAAGGAGAGAACAUCUCAGUGAGGAGGACAUUCUGCGAAAUAAAGCCAUCAUGGAGAGCCUGAGCAAAGGGGGGAACCUGAUGGAACAGAACUUUGAGCCCGUAAGGAGACAGUCCCUGACCCCUCCUCCCCCCAACACCAUUACGUGGGAAGAGUACAUGUCCGCUGAAAACGGCAAAGCUCCACAUCUUGGAAGGGAACUUGUCUGCAAAGAGAACAAGAAAACUUUCAAAGCAACGAUUGCCGUGAGCCAGGAUUUCCCUCUGGGAAUUGAAUCACUGCUGAAUGUCCUUGAGGUAAUUGCACCGUUCAAGCACUUUAAUAAACUCCGGGAAUUUGUACAAAUGAAGCUUCCUCCAGGAUUUCCCGUGAAACUAGACAUCCCCGUAUUCCCAACCAUCACGGCCACUGUGACGUUUCAAGAAUUCCACUACAGAGAGUUUGAGGAGUCCACCUUCACGAUACCGGACACCUACAAGGAGGAUCCAAGUCGUUUUCCCGACUUAUAAUUCCGGGGCGUCCUCACCGACCUGUCAGUGAGCGUACAAGUGGCAGCAUGGGACACAGCGUCGGGCAGGCAAAGCAUGACUGUUUCUCUGUGGUCGCCUGGUGCAGAGGAUUCCCCCCGCUCCAGCACCACUAGGAUCACUACAGGCUGCACGGUCUGAUAAGACGGCUGCUCUACGGGACCUCCCCGCGCCCUCACCUUACACCACUUUCUGGUCUUACGUUUUUCAGUUUUUUCCAUUCCUUGCUGCAGUCAUGGGACUGCCCGGCAGUGUUAAUGAAACUCUGGUAUUUUACACCACGUUGGACUUUUAAAUCAUGUUUGCCUCUCCCCCACCCCCCGUAAAUUAUACAAGAUGCAUAGAUUCCUGUUUGCUGUAUAUAUAAUUUGUACAGAUGAGACAGGAUUUCCUUCUUUCAGUAAAUUAAACAAAUGUUGAUCCAAUAAAUUGUUGCAGUCGCGUGCCCCCCCCCCCCGCAAGGUGCAAGAUUGGAGACAAUCGCUUGGCACUUUUGCGCUAAUUAUUGUGGUGGACACCAUAUACAUAUAUAUACAUUUUUAUUUUUUAUUUUUAAGUCCUUGUGGUUUCAUGUUAUGUUUGUUGAAGUCUCAUUUUGUCAGCAUUUUUCCCACUUAAUUUUAUGUUUUUAUUUAAAUGUUUUUGUUUGUUUUUUUUGGGGGGGGGGGGGGCACGCGCGCUCGCUCUCAAUUUUAGGCAAGCCGGGUGCAAGAACCAUCUGAACAUACAUUCCCCUCCCCGUAAACACGAGCCAUCCUCUUCUGGUUUGAGAAACAGACAAAAAGGAUUUAUCUGUUUCUGGGAAAGGUGAGUGUUCUCCAAUAUGGCCGCACGUGAUUUCCUACAGCCAAUCUGCCUAAGACAACGCUAAAUCCCUUCGCACAUGCCAAGAUUAGGUCAGUAGCCAUGUUGGUCAUCACCCAGCUUUCCUAGAAACUGAAAAGAAAAAAAAAACACUUGUAUAUUUCAUACUAUACAUGGACACUAGAGGGUGGCAUGUGGGUUUAUAUUUACCGGGAUUUUUUUUAUUUUAUUUAUGCUGUGUAAAGAUUUUAAAUUUUUUUGCUUCUCUUUACUGAAAUAUUUUGCGUCUACUCCACCGCCGCUGAAUUGGACAGUGAGGUACUAUUACGCAGCACCCCGGGAAGGCCGCUUUUAGGGGCCCUUUAAGGCUCCACAUUAAUGAAAUCGGCAGCGCUGUGGUUUUUGUACAAGACAACAACUCCCCUUGCGAUUUUAAUACUGCAACGUCUGUUCCUAUGAUAUCGGCAAGCUGAGGUUUUGUAUAUACCAAGGAAAAGCGCUUUUAAAUAUGGGGGGGGGGUGGAGGGUGGAGGCUGACUCGGUGGAGGCUGACUCGGUGGCAUGGGGAAUGUCCAGUUGCUGCCACGUUCUGCACUGCAGUCCAGAAUUGAGGUAGAUUUGCCACCCAGUGCAGCCUGGGGUAUAUGAAGCAGGCUAAUAUUCAGGUCUUCCAAAUCGCUGCUUUAUACUGAAAGGGAACUAAGCAUCCUCUCCCCUCCCCCAUUAUUAGAGAACACACCGCGUUGCAUAUGGAUUUUUACUGGAAGCUGUUAGACUUCACUUGUUUUACUCCAUUUUUUUGUUUGUUUUGUAACUCGUUAAUUAAUGAACAUUUCUUGCUGGUUCCACACAUAGUAAUGGUUUAAUUAAAGAGAGAAAAAUCAGUCUGUU